AUGAAAAUUGAUCUAUCCCUUAAGCUAGAUUCACAAGAAGAAGCAAAAACCGAUGAACAGCCGCCUCAAUUGCAGAAGAAUCGAGCAGGAAAUGAAUUUCUGCUCGAAAACAAAUUGAAAGAAAAAUCCCAAGAAAUUAUAGUUGGCGAUGAUCAGAAAUCCAUUGAAUAUUACUCAUCGGUUGACUCGAAGAGGGAUAAGAUGAAGAUGAAUCAGAUGAAGGAGGAGAAUAAGAUAUUAAGGAGCUCGGUAGAACAAACUAUGAAGGAUUAUUAUGAUCUACAAAUCAAAGUUAAUAUGAUCCAAAAAAAUAACCAAAAGAAGGAUCCCAAAAUUUUCUUUUCACUGAAUGGAAAUGAUGAGCCGAGUGAUCAAGAGACAAAUAGAAUUCCAAAGAUAUUUGAUAUCAAGAAUCAAACGCUGUUGUCACCAUUAAGACGGGAAGAUGACGUGAGUGAUAAUACUGAAUUAGGGUUGUCAUUGACACUGAAGAGCAGUGAAAAAAAAGUAGAGGCAGAAGAUGAGCAAAGGGAGAAAAAGGAAGAUAGAGAGGGAUUGACUACAUGGAUACAAGGUAAGCUACAUGGAAGCAGCACCUUGCCUGGAAUUACAAGCCAUGUUACAUCUCCAUCCCGUAGAAAAUCUAGGGUUUCAGUCAGAGCCAGAUGUGAAACCGCCACAGUGAGUUUCGCUCUUUCUCUAUAUAUGUAUGUAGAGCCUAAUCGUUCUGCACAAUUAUCUAGUUGA